UGCAGGUGUUAACGGCAAGUUUACGUGUUUGGACUGCUCCAAGUCGUACGCACAGUAUGCGUCGCUCUACCGUCAUCGUAAAUUUGAGUGCAACAAGCCUCCGGCGUUCAAGUGCCCGUUCUGUCCACAGAGGACAAAACAGAAAAGCAACAUCACUGCGCACAUUCGGCUGAAGCAUCCUGAUUUGUCGCAUAAAAUAAUUGCCUAUGUUCGUGUGUGUAUGCGGACGAAGCUACAGACAUCAAACUUCUCUGAUGAAGCAUCGCAGACUCGAGUGCGGGAAGGAUCCGCAAUACGAGUGCAAGCUGUGUGCCGCUCGAUUCAAACAUCCGCAUCGUCUGCGCUCUCAUCUCGCUACUCGACAUCCAGCCUUCCAGAUAGCUGUGACAUCAUCUUAGUUUACUUCUGUAUUUUCAUUUUUCAAAUACAAUAUAGUUUUUUAACAGGGCCUUCUACCAAAUCGUCAAAAGAGUUUCCGUGUACUUGCGGACGUAAAUACAAACAUUACUCGUCUCUGUACACUCAUCAGAAAUACGAGUGUGGGAAACCUCCUUCGUUUCAAUGUACCUUCUGUCCAGCGGCCUACAAACACAAACAUCGACUGAAGGAACACGUGACAAUGAAACAUUGGCAACUACAGUUCACUGGUCAUACCAUCGACAAGUAGUUCGUAGUUUGUGUGACGGUCCAAACAAUAUUGAUGGAUUAUUUCUUUUAUUAAAAAACAAAAAGUU